AUGGGAAUGAGGAGGGGCGAAGAAAUGAUGUGAUAUGGGAGAUUUAACCCUGUUUUGCCGUCUGGGUUUGAGAGAAAAACGGACAGUAGAAUGACGGAGAUGAAGUGGAGCGAAGUGUGGCGUUUGCCGUUCGUUGGGGACUUGGAAGAGCUGCCAUUCAAAGAUGACAAGGUCUGCGUUGUGGGCAUGUUUGGGAAGAGCCAGGUCGGCUACGGCACCAAGUCCACCACCAUCAACACAGUCCUGGACAGGGAAGUCUUCCCCCUACACUGGCCGGAUGGAGCCGGCCUUCAGUCACAGGAGGACACCUACAUAGAAGCCUUCUACGACAAGUCCAAGAAUGUCAUCUACCUGCACCUUGUGUCUGUGUUUGACACGUCCAUGCUGGUGUCGCUGUGCGGGAAGCUGGACCGGGACUUGCCGUAUGCAGACGUGCACAAGUUCUGGCGGGACCAGGAGCUGAGACAUGCGCGCGGCCUGCUGUUCCUGUUCCACGUGUGCCACAUCCUGGUGGCGCUGCACCCCACGUGCACCUUCGACAUGACGUACGGACAGAUACUCAGGACUGUGGACAGCGUCCGGCUCAAGAUGCUGCCAGUGCUGCAGGAGGUCCUCCGUGACGCGCCAGUCGGAGCGGAGUGGAAGAGCGCGGGGCGGUCGUGCACGCCCAGGCUGCUGUUUGUGUUCCAGAAAUCCUGCCUGCCCACGGGAUCAGAUGCACAUGCAGAGACGGGUAAGAGUAAGGGCACGAAACACUCGCCCAAGAAGAGGCUCCAGCACCGCAUCGAGGACCAGAUCUACCGGAUCUUCCGAAAGAGCCGCCUCCUGACCAACCAGAGCAAGGAUUGCCUGUUCACCGUGCCGCCCAAUCAGACGUUUGUUUACAUCCAGUCGAGGGCCGGGCCGGUGGACGCCAUAAACACCCUCCUGUCCAACCUGCACCAGACAUGCGCCCUGGGGAAGGAAGCUGAGGUACACACGUCCAGGAGCUACAGUAUGUCGAGGCGGACAAAUCAGUCCACUACCAUCAACCCUCCCAGUAUCCUCCUGCCUGCAAAACCCACCGGUGCGGACGACUCUCUGCUGGGUUUCCUGUGGCAGCAUGUGGAGCUGGUGCUCAGCGGGAAAGGGUUCGAUGACAGCGUCGGGAGAAACCCGCAACCGUCGCACUUCGAGCUCCCAACCUGCGGGAAGUGGCUGACUGUGUGCAACGUGCUGUACGAACUUCUCCUGACGGAAUCCGGGCAGAAUGCAAAGGUUGAGAGCAGUCUGGAGAGCAUGGGCAGCUGCCUGGAUGUGGAGACUAAGUUCUCGGAUAGUCGCUGCAGUAAGGUCCUGCCGCUGGCCAGCAGUGCCUACCAGAACAACCUUCCCUCACACUACACCAGCAAGGUUCACAACAACCAGCUAGGGCAGGCGCUGAAGGUGUUUAAGCAGCACGCGCGCGGGCCGGCGUAUGAUCACUACGUACUGCAGCUGCAGGAGGACUGCGAGAAGUUCUGGGCUAACGGGCGUCAGCUGUGCGAAGAGAGAAGCCUCACGGGACAGCACUGUGUGCAUCCGUUCCACACGCUGCCGAAACCCGGCCAGCCGUCCGACCCGGAGCCAACGGACAGCCAGGUGGUUCCCUGCAUGCCCCACAACAGCCGGGCGCGCUCCCUGUGUGCCUGCAACUGUGGACGCAAACAGGCCCAGAGGGACGAUCCCUUCGAUGUCAAAGCAGCGAACCAUGACUUCUUCAGCCUGAUGGAGGAAAAGUGCUGCUCCAGUUUAGAGCACAUCUCGUUCCCAGUGUUCCAGCGGCAGCCACAGGGCACGCCUGGUGAGGAGGCAAACCCCCCAGAGGAGGAACCACCUCCAACACUCCAGCCUGAGCCAGAGGUGUCGAUGAAGGCUGAUCCAGAGCCGAGCAAGAGGAAAGACUCGGUCCUGUCAUCUGCAACCACCACUGCCAGCGGAGGCCUCAGUCUGGCUCUCAGCUUAGGUCAGUCCGGAGGGAGCGACAUGUUUGUGAGCAUGCUGCAUGCUGACCAGAACUCGGACAGCCUGGCAGCCGUGGGCAUGGACGGCAUGAUGGCUGCCGACAACCAACAACAGGAGGCCGAGGCUGAGAAGACAGCCCAGCUGGUGCGUCAGCCGUCAGUGACAGAGUCUCUCCCCGGCAUGCUGCACUCGGACUGCCCACCGGGGGUCCUGCCCAAGUACUCCUCCUGGGAGCUGGUUUGUCUGGGCCCGGCCGGGCAGUACUACCCGAGUCUGGGGCUGGAGCAGCCGGGGUUCAUACACGGCAGCAACUUACUACUGGCCUGGGACAUCCCCAUCCACACUGAACGGCCUCAGCAAGGAGACCAAGCCUGGCCAGCGCCAGGCGAGUCCCAGACUGUACGACGGUCAAUUCCUCACGGCGGCAAGCCGCGCCGGGGAGCCAAGGACUCCGACUCCUUCGUACGCGUGUACGUCGGCUACGAGUACGAAUGCGCCCGCGGACACCGCUUCCUCUGCAGCGGCCCGGACAAGGUGAUGAAGACCUCCACAUCCGGAGCUGUGAAAGAAACGGCGCUGAAGCUGCUGAGCAUGGACAUGCCUCUGUACUUCCCCUGCCCCUGUCCCUCCAGAGGUGCGAAGCCCCACCUUGGCCAGUUGAUGCGAGUGUUCCUCACCACGCCGGACCCCCCUGUACAGAUCCACCUGCACCCCCGGCUCCAGCCAGGACCCCCUCCCUGCCCAACCUUCUACCCCCAGGAAGAGGACAUCCCCCUGCCCCCCUCGCGGCUCUGGGUGCUGCGUUUGCCGUUCGUGUACGUGGGAGAGGCCGGAGUGAUCUCGCCUCCACGCGACUCACAGCCACUGCUCAGCUGUAAGGUGCUGAAGGGACUGCUCAAGGCAACUAUUGUGGAGGAGGAAGAAGUUUUAGCUCACUAAAGAGCGACUCUUCUACUGGUCUUGACACACUGUGUACAGUAUUUACAGGCUUGUUGUACCGGGGAAAUUUCCCUGGCUCUUUCGACA